UAGCUUAUCGCUAAAAUGUCACAUUUAAACACUUGUAUUACUUCUGGUUUUUCGGAAAAAGAAUAAUUGCUGAAAAAAUUACUAAUGAAAAAUUACAAUUCGUGAUGGAUGAUAUAGCCACAUGCUUUACAAUUUAUCUGUGAUUGCCAUUAUCUCAAAUAGUUAGCUUCUUGAUGAAUGUUAUAUUAAUUAUAUCACUUCUGAAGUGGGUUGUAUAUAAGAAGGAUGAAGUGGAAGGAGACGCUGCAGAGCGCUCGUCUGGUCGUGGAAAAGAAACUGAGUGGGGCGGAAAAGCGAGGCCAAGAUGAUACUUUUGUUCAUGGUUUCCAACGCCCACUUCGCGAUUCAAAGUGCGUCACUAAAUCACUAGAAAGUCUUGACAAUUAUCGAACUGGCUCUUCAAAAAUUACAAGUCACGAUCAAAUGUUCACUCGUUUUAGCCAAAGAAAAAUCGUCGACGUGAUCAGAAUUCAAGCAGCGCUGAAUCGUACAGGGUCGAACACAAAAAGAAGUUUUGCAUUAGACGCUAGCGAAAAAAAUGACCAAAUCACGUCUGAAGACGAUGAUGGCGGCUUCGUUAACAUCGCUUUCGUGUCUGACAGCGGCGAGAAAAGCCUGAGAAAGUUAACAGCUGCUGUUUCUGGCAGACAUUCUGAAAACGGUGAUUCUCGAAAUCAUGAAAAUAAUCGAUUAAGAGAAAAAACUGAAGAAGAGUCUGUUGUUUGGAGCCGAAAUAUAAUUAAUUUCAGCUCUGGAGACGAAAUUUGUUGCACUCUAAAUAAAAGCGAUUCUGAAAUCAAAUUAAUAAGACAUUUUCAGACUGAACAUUUUGAUGAGAAUAGUUUGAACGAAAUAAAAUAUCACCCGGACACCACUGCCUCGGAGAAAAAUUCUUUUGUGAAAAUGUGCAAGAGCAUUGACAAAAAAAUAGUAGUGAACGAAGUUAGCGAAGCAUCAGCUUUGUCUUGUAGAGGCACUCGUAACCCUACACAUGAAGUCCGUGGAGUUCAGGCGACCGCUGCCGCAGAUUGCGGAGGAGGCUUCGUUGCGGACGACGGAGAUGCACCGCCACGCAAGAUGGUCAUGGUCGAAUUCUGCACGUACGGAGGAUCGUUCCGAGUGGUGGGAGAAGAUGGCGAAGCGCAGUCUCGGUAUAUCAACAUGAAGCUGCACGAAAUUGCUGCCAGCGGUGGUGCGGGCAGACGCGUGCUGGUCGUGGUGUCCCUGGCUGGUGUGAAGAUCUGCGACGCGCACGGCAAGCGAGUGUUGAUGGCUCACGCCCUCCGCCGCAUCAGCUACGCCACGUGUGACCCUCAGCGGCAGUGCUUCUCCUUCCUGGCCCGCGCUCCUCGAGACGACCCCGCCACACAGUCCUGCCACUCAUUCCUCACCGCCACGCCACAACAGAGCGUUCCUGUUCGCCGGCGCCAGAACCUGGAACAGUCUGCCGACCUCCGCAACAUCGACUCCUUUGUUGCAGGUGUUCGGUCAACAUCUAAAGGCGGAACUAUUCGUAGAGCCUAUGAAUCAGGUGCUUAG